CAAAAAAUAGAAGGAAAAGGUUUUUGUUUUUCUCGUUUUGCUUGCAGAGUCUAGUCUGAGACAAAAGCAGAAAUUUUUUGAAGAACCCUAUUUCGCUUUUGAACUUGGAAAGCCCGAAUCAUGAUGACGAAAGGGACGAAACGUUUCGCCUUAUCGGACUCCAAUCCUGACUCGGCCUUCCGGAAUAAAAGGAUAAUGGCAGGAUCCUCAUGUGAUGCUAAUAGGGCAGAGCCUUCUCAAGAGCAGUCGAUAGAUACACCUGUGUUGAAUGCACAUCGGGCUGCGUCAUCACGGCAGCAUGUGAGAGCUCUCAACACCCAAUUUGCAAGUUGGGUACAAAUGCAACUGAAAAAUCAUCCUGAUGAACUUUGGGAAGAUGGUCUCCGAGACUACCUAGCUCAUGCUUCAAACAUUAUGGAAAAAUUCAGUGACGUCGUUAACUGGCUUAAAGUAAAUGCUGGAAAAGGAGAAAAUUUGGCAGGGGCUCCAACUGCUGAAAAGAAAAUGGUGCCCGAGUCCACGAAUAAGGAUAAAUAUUUUCAGCCAAAACCCCUGUUCGCACCAGUUGGUACAACUGCUAACUUUGCAAGUUCUGGAUUAUACUCCAACAGCCAAAGCUCUGCAGGAGUCUUCUCCAACAACCACUGUUCCACAGGAGAAUACCCUUUCCGCCAAAGGUCUGAAGGAGUAUCUUCCAACAGUCAAAGCCCUUCGGGAGUAUUCAGCAGCCAGAGCUCACCCGCUUUAUGGAGUUCUGGAGUGUUCUCCAGCAGCCAAAGUUCUACUGGAGUCUUCACCAACAACCACAGCUCAACAGGUGAACUACCUACUGGCGAAAGUUCUGCAGGAGUAUCUUCCAACAGCCAAAGCUCUUCGGGAGUAUUCAGCAGCCAGAUCUCCCCAGUUUUCUCCAGUGUUCAAAGCUCUGGAAUAUUUUCCAAUACACAAAGCUCCGGAGUAUUUUCCAAUAGUCAAAGUUCUGUGGCAUUCUCCAAAACUCCCAGUUUUGGGUUAUUCUCCAACAGUCAAAGCUCUGGGUUGUCCUCCAAUAGUCAAAGUUCUGCAACAUUCUCCAGCACUCCCAGUUUUGGAUUAUUUUCCUACAGUCAAAGCUCUGGGUUGUCCUCCAACAGUCAGCCCCCUGCCUUGUUUGGAACUCAAAGUUCGGUUCCCACAAAGCAUGAUGCGUCAGAUGAAGCAGAUGUUGAAAAUGACUUGGAGCAACCUAGCAGCCCAUCUGUGAAAAAGUCUGAAGAAAAGGGUGUUGUCCUGGUUCAUGAAGUCAAGUGCAAACUUUAUGUGAAGUCAAGUGAUCCAGCAGAUAAAGAUGCAUGGAAAGAUAAAGGCACGGGGCAGCUAUCUAUUAAAUGCAAAGAGGGUGUCAGCAAGGGUACAAAAGAAUCAAAACCAACAAUCAUUGUUCGAAAUGAUGUGGGGAAAGUGCAGCUUAAUGCUUUGUUAUAUUCAGGCAUCAAGACGAAUCUACAGAAGAAUUCCAUUGUUGCAAUAUUCCAUACUAUGGGUGAAAGUGAUGGAAAUGAUGGUAGUGCUGUGGCGCGUACCUUCUUGAUUAGGUUGAAAACAGAGGAGGAUAGAAACAAACUUGCCACAGCAAUCCAAGAAUAUGCCCCUGCAUCCUGAAAGCGAGUUGCAGUACCGUACUGUGAGCUACAACAAUGUAAUAGCGUACUACUAGAAAGGAUUCAAAUAUUUUUUUUUCACUGCUAUUUUUGAAUUUUGCAAGGGCAGCUUUGUUAGCUGGCUCUUUUCCUGACGCUCCGAAUCGAGCCGAGGGUCGUUUUUCAUGUUAGUCUCAAUAAAGUUAGUGUGCAUCUUUAAGGGGCUACCAAUCUUGUACCAUAAGAGAAGAAUGAUAGUGCUCAUGUGUUGCUGCAAAGCUAUAUUUUACGCUCUUUAUUCCAUUACUUAUCAAUUGCUGGAUUACUGGGCCAA